AUGGCGUCCCGUUUGACAGGGGAGGUGUGGCUGACAGCCUGUGCUGGGCGAGCUGUGCGGCUGCCUUCACACGCGCUGGAGUUCAACACAGAGACCCCGCCUCGAGUCUCACACCGCCGCACACUCCCCUGUCGCACGGACAGAGCCCUUCUUGAGCUCUGCAUUUCCACGGCUGUGCUGCUGCCAGUGCUGGCUGGGUAUGUCUGUGUGGCCACGUGUCGUGGCCCUGCACAGGCACGUUCUCACGCGCAGCGGUCCAGUGGAGCGGCGUGCCGCGGUGCCCGGGACGGCAGUCCUCCCUUGCCGCAGCACGGCUGCAGUGCCAGCAGCGGGACCCCUGAGUGCCGCUCGGCGUUGCUGUACAGUGUGCGGGCCGCAGCCGCUGCAUCCACGUGUUGGCAGGUCUACGGCGUGGAUAUGAGGAUCUUUCUGGUUUUCCCUUCUUUGUGCGGCCUGGACUGCGGCGGCUCUUCCAAUUUUAAGAAAAAGAACAGGAUGUCCCAGCCCGUGCUGAAAGCCGUGGUUGAAGAUAAAGAGAAGUUCUCCAGCCUGGGCAGGAUGAAGAAGAAAAUGCUGAAAGGACAAGGGACAUUUGAUGGGGAAGAAAACGCUGUAUUAUAUCAGAACUAUAAAGAGAAAGCUCUGGACAUAGAUUCUGAUGAAGACUCUCAGCCCCGAGAGCAGAAAUUGGAUGAAAAGGUUGUUUUUCACUAUAAGCCCCUGAGAUCGACGUGGAGUCAGCUGUCUGUUGUAAAGAAGAAUGGAUUAUCGGAAGCAAUCAGCCAGGAAGAAAGAAAAAGACAGGAGGCAAUAUUUGAAGUGAUAUCUUCUGAGCAUUCUUACUUACUGAGCUUGGAGAUUCUGAUCCGGAUGUUUAAAAAUUCCAGGGAACUGAGCCUUACAAUGACCAAAACGGAGAGCCAUCACCUUUUCUCCAAUAUCACGGAUGUUUAUGAAGCAAGCAAAAAGUUCUUUAAAGAACUGGAGGCCAGGCAUCAGAACAACAUCUUUAUUGAUGACAUCAGCGAUAUCGUUGAAAAGCAUACUGCUUCCACAUUUGAUCCCUAUGUGAAGUACUGCACGAAUGAAGUCUACCAGCAGCGAACGCUGCAGAAACUGCUAGCCACAAAUCCAGCAUUUAAAGAGGUGUUAUCACGGAUAGAGUCCCAUGAAGAUUGCCGGAAUUUACCGAUGAUCUCGUUCCUCAUCCUUCCCAUGCAGAGAGUUACUCGUCUUCCCUUACUGAUGGAUACUAUUUGUCAGAAAACUCCUAAGGAUUCGUCAAAAUACGAGAACUGCAAGCAAGCUCUGAAAGAAGUGAGUAAGUUGGUGCGUUUGUGCAACGAAGGUGCUCGGAAAAUGGAAAGGACAGAAAUGAUGUACACCAUCAACUCCCAGCUGGAAUUUAAAAUCAAGCCAUUUCCAUUGGUUUCCUCUUCACGAUGGUUAGUGAAAAGGGGCGAAUUAGCAGCGUAUGUCGAAGACACUGGACUUUUUUCGAAAAGAACUUCUAAACAGCAGGUGUACUUCUUCCUCUUUAACGAUGUCCUCAUUAUCACCAAGAAGAAGAGUGAAGAGAGUUACAACGUCACAGAUUAUUCUUUGAGGGAUCAGCUCGUGGUACAACACUGUGACAGUGAGGACCUGACUUCUUCUCCUGUAAAGAAUGCUUCAGCGAUGCUCUACUCGCGGCAGAGUGCGACAGCUCACCUCUUCAGACUGGCAGUCCUCAGUAACCACGCAGGAGAGAAGGUGGAGAUGCUCCUGGGAACAGAGACUCAGAGUGACAGAGCUCGCUGGAUUACAGCGCUUGGACAGGACAGAGACGGCCAGAAAACGGACAGGACAAGUUUGACUCAGGUAGAGAUCACCAGAACUUACACAGCAAAGCAGUCGGAUGAACUGUCUCUUCAAGUUGCUGAUGUUGUUUUGGUUUAUCAAAAAGUAAAUGAUGGCUGGUACGAAGGGGAACGGCUGCGGGAUGGCGAAAGAGGCUGGUUUCCCAUGGAGUGUGCUAAAGAAAUCACCUGUCGUGCCACAAUUGACAAGAACAUGGAACGGAUGGGCCGCUUACUGGGACUUGAAACCAACGUGUAG